GUUACAGAUUCAAUCAUCGCCCGGAAUAGCAAGUAGUACUAACAGUAACUAGAAUUACAGUAGGUAUGGCGACGAAGAAGAGCGUGGGGUCACUCAAGGAAGCUGAUCUCAAGGGGAAGAAGGUUUUUGUGAGGGUGGAUCUCAACGUUCCUUUGGACGACAACUUCAACAUCACCGACAACAGAAUCCGAGCCGCUGUCCCCACCAUCAACUACUUGAUCGGCUGCUCCGCUAAAAUCAUCCUCGCUUCUCACUGGUGCGGACGUCCAAAAGGUGUCACACCAAAAUACAGCUUGAAGCCUCUUGUUCCCAGACUCUCUGAACUCCUUGGGGUGGAGGUCAUUAUCGCAAACGAUUGUAUUGGUGAAGAAGUAGAGAAAUUGGUGGCUUCCUUGCCAGAAGGUGGAGUUUUGCUCCUGGAGAAUGUCAGAUUCCACAAAGAAGAGGAGAAGAAUGAUCCUGAAUUUGCAAAGAAGCUGGCUUCUCUUGCAGACUUGUAUGUCAAUGAUGCUUUUGGAACUGCACAUAGAGCCCAUGCUUCCACCGAAGGGGUAGCCCAGUAUUUGAAGCCUGCGGUUGCUGGAUUUCUGAUGCAGAAGGAGCUUGAUUAUCUCGUGGGAGCUGUGGCAAAUCCCAAGAAACCAUAUGCUGCAAUCGUUGGUGGUGCAAAGGUUUCAACCAAGAUUGGUGUAAUCGAGUCACUGUUGGCUAAGGUUGACAUCCUCUUACUGGGUGGUGGAAUGAUCUUUACAUUCUACAAGGCCCAAGGGCACUCUGUUGGAUCCUCGCUUGUGGAGGAGGACAGGCUUGAUCUUGCCCUAUCCCUCAUUGAGAAGGCCAAGGCCAAAGGAGUUCCCCUGUUGCUUCCCACUGACGUAGUUGCGGCUGACAAGUUUGCUCCUGAUGCAAACAGCAAGGUUGUUCCAGCUUCCGGAAUUCCUGAUGGUUGGAUGGGAUUGGAUAUUGGACCUGAUGCUAUCAAGUCAUUUAGUGAAGCUUUAGAUGCCACUAAAACCAUUAUUUGGAAUGGACCAAUGGGGGUUUUCGAGUAUGACAAAUUUGCCACAGGAACAGAGGCUAUUGCGAAAAAAUUGGCUGAGCUUAGCGGGAAUGGAGUGACAACAAUCAUUGGAGGUGGUGAUUCUGUAGCUGCUGUGGAGAAGGUGGGGCUUGCAGACAAGAUGAGCCACAUUUCAACAGGUGGCGGUGCAAGCUUGGAACUUCUUGAAGGGAAAUCUCUCCCUGGAGUACUUGCCCUUGAUGAUGCUUAGAAGAGCUCUUUUUUUUUUUUUUUUUGGCAAUACGCCUACCUCAGAUAUUCGCUGCAUAUCUUGCUUUGCCCCUGAGCGGAUUAGAUCUUGAAAAAUAGCUGGCCGUGUCUUGGAAAUAAAUUUUGCCCGUUGUUAUGCAUUACUUUGUGCUAAUGUUGGUUGGUUCUGAAACUGCUGCGGUUUUUGAGGUUA